CUGCAUGCUUGACACCUCCGGGCUUCCAGAACUGCAGGAAAAAUCGAUCAGAGCGGAACAAGAUAGCGGUAUUACGCACCUUCCACCCGAACAACGCGAUGAGGUCUUGACCGUUCUGUACAAGGCAUUGGCCAGAUUCAAUUGUCUCCGGAGGGCAAUUGAGUUGAAGUUUGGCUUUGGAUAG